UGGGCUUUGAAGUUCAACCGAUCGUUUAGCUGCCACGAUGCAUAUCUAUGGGGGAAAAUAAAACGGAUAGAUAAUAGUUAGUCGAUAAGUAAGAGCAUAAUAAUAACAGAACGCGGGAUUGGGAAGGCAAAAUGUAUCAAAUCUUCACGAGAGAAAAAAAUUACUGGACUCUCCAGUGUCGACUCAUCUCCUCUUCCCGUUUCCUUUCCUUUUCUGUUUCGGUCUGCUUUCUCUUUCUGUGACUGGAUUUUCCCUUCUCUCCCACGAUAAGAUCGCCAGGCAAUCAACACUAAGCGCCCCUUUUUUUUUUUGGCUUUCUGGUUUAUGUCUUAGUUUCUCUUCGGCUCUUCUGCCUCCAUUUUCCUCUCUGUGUAGUAACCAGUCUGUGCAAAAAACAGAUGAUUAACGUUAGACUUUGCUCUCGUGAGUUGUCGUCUGAACUCUAAUCACCUCCUUCGCUUCGUCCUCCACGUUUGUUCUCUCUCUCUUUGUGUUUGCCUGUCCCAUGCAAUCAAGGUUGAGCGCAGUUUCCAUUUCUGGGUAUCUCAGGACAAACCCUUUCUUCGUUUCUUCUCCCGGCCUUUCCCCAAUCACCAGGAAAGGAACGAUUGAUUGGCUCCUUCGAACAAUCCCUCUUCUCACCUCGUACGGCCAUGGAGGUGGGUCGUCUUUAGCAUUCGCUCCCCUUCCUCUGCCUUCUCCCUCCCAUUGCAGGUGCCACGAGCCCACGACAGGUCCUUUGCUGUAGUUCUCUUAAAGAAGUGGGAAUUGGGGGAUCUUGGCACUUGUGGCAGGGCAGCUCAGGUUUUCCUGUGUGAUCGAUGGGGAUAUCACGGGAUAACUUUCAUGGACUUGUACUGGCUGUUUCUUCCAGCAUUUUCAUUGGCUCCAGCUUCAUUGUCAAGAAGAAGGGCCUUAAGAAGGCUGGCGACACUGGAACCAGGACCAAUCUGGAAGCUGAAAAUUUUCUGAAUAACCUUGCUUCCUUUUCUUCAUUAUGUACAGUGAUUUUGGGGGAGGUUGCUAAUUUUGCUGCUUAUGCAUUUGCCCCUGCAAUUCUGGUGACUCCCUUGGGAGCUUUAAGUAUUAUCUUCAGUGCAGUGCUAGCACAUUUCAUUCUGAAGGAGAAAUUGCACAUCUUUGGUGUACUUGGAUGUGUACUUUGCGUGGUAGGUUCCACAACCAUCGUCCUCCACGCUCCACAGGAAAGAAAUAUUGUUUCAGUCAGAGAAGUCUGGCACCUUGCUACAGAACCAGGUUUCCUAGUCUAUGCAGCUCUUGCUGUGAUUGCAGUUUCAGCUCUCAUUUUCUACGCUGUCCCACGAUAUGGCCAGACUCAUCUGAUAGUUUAUGUUGGGAUUUGCUCUCUCAUGGGUUCCCUCACGGUUAUGAGUGUGAAAGCUGUUAGCAUUGCUCUCAAGCUUUCAUUUUCUGGGAUGAAUCAGUUUGUUUACUUCCAGACAUGGAUCUUCACCAUAAUCGUUAUCACCUGUUGUCUUCUUCAAAUCAACUACUUGAAUAAGGCACUGGACACCUUCAAUACGGCUGUUAUUUCUCCAGUCUACUAUGUGAUGUUCACCUCGUUUACCAUCCUAGCCAGCAUGAUCAUGUUUAAGGAUUGGGACUCGCAGAAUGCGUCACAGAUUGCUACAGAACUGUGUGGGUUCAUCACAAUCCUGUCUGGCACAUUUCUCUUACAUAGAACAAAAGACAUGGGGAACACCACUUCUAAGCCAGAUGAGGAAGCUCCUGUAUUUGGAAACACAAACAACAGAACCCCAGAAACUGCUACUUAGCAAAGAAAAAGGAUUGCUGGGUUUUCCGGAGUCAGGGGAAUUGAGUUUUGAUCUCUUGCAGUUGUACAGAGCAAGUAAGUGGGUUGCACAGCAAACUGACCAAAGAAGUUUAAAGCCAUGGUAGCCCUGGUUUGGGACCAAAGAGAAACUUUUGAAAGCCACACCUUUUCUUCUCCACUUUUCCCAGCUGAGUUAGACAGAUUUCCAAGAUAUGAAGGUCAGAGCAUUGGGGUAUACCUUAGAUGAUGAUAUAAGAUUAGCCGAUUAGAGAUUUUAGGGAGAGUUCUAUAACAUACUUCAUCUGGUUCUGUUCUGUAAUAUCUGUUCAUUACCCCCUGCUUCAUGUAGAUUAGUGAAAUUUGUAUACAAGAGAUGAAUUUUCGAUUCUUUUGGAGUUUCUGCUGUUUCAUACCCUUAUAAAUUGGUGAGUUUUUAGUUGAAA